UUUAAAAUGGAGCAACUUUGCAGUCUCGCGCUUAGAAAGGAAAAUGAUAAAAAAUAUUAACUUUGCAAAAUGAUUAAAAACCGCAAGAAUAUGUGUUUCUUUCAAUUACGAUAUUUGCGAUAUCAUAUUAUCUUGUUUCUCUUUUUUCCUUUAUUUAAAAUAUGAUAUAUAUAGCUACUUUAAGAGCAGAAAGUGCAAGAGAGCUCGAUCAAAACAAACAGAUGUCACGUCUUGCAGUUCUGCAGUCAUCUGCAAUUUGCCUGCAACUUGCUACGAUUAUAAUAAUAUUCAUAAGAGAGCAAUCGAUGGGGUCGAAAAUCUGGAAAUGGAAAAAUAUACCGGGCGUUCCUGGGCGAUGCAAUGAUGUACUUUAUACACCCCCAAAGUUGCAACCAACACACGAUCUUCUUGUAUUCUUUGGCGGUGAUGUCCAAGACACUCGAGAAAAUAUGGAGAGGCAUCCAGAUAGUAGGAAAUACGUGAAAUGGAAUUUAGAAAAUACUGCAACUAUACUCUCUGAACAAUUUCCUAGAAGUCAUGUAUUUAUUGUUCGUCCAGCCAGAAUGUUAAUAACUAAAAAUGCAGUCUACAGUUGUUUUGAUAAUUUUGUGCCAGGAGAUAAAUAUGGUACACCCUCAUUUUGUCCGAUGCACAAGGCUUUAAAACAUUUAAGAGAAAUUCUCCUUUGCUGUCUAGAACAUGUUAAAACAUUAAAAAUGGGAGAAGAUAUCGAUGAUGAGCAUAAUAUUGAAGCGACAAAUUUAAAUCUAAUGGGCUUCAGCAAAGGAUGUGCGGUUUUAAAUCAAUUUCUUUAUGAAUUUCACUAUUAUGCUGAAAAUCCAAAUGACAAUAUUAAUAUAAAUAAUUUUAUAAAACUUAUCAAAAGUAUGUGGUGGUUGGAUGGUGGACAUAAUGGUUCCAAAAAUACAUGGAUUACAGAACACAGCAUACUUCGAUCCUUUGCAAAAUUAAAAAUAAACACUUAUGUACAUGUUACACCGUAUCAAGUGAGAGACACUCAUCGGCCAUGGAUUGGUUUAGAAGAAAAUAAUUUCAAUGAAAUCUUACAAAAUAUGGGAGUAUCUGUACAACGAACUUUACAUUUUGGCGAUAAAACGCGAAGUUUAUCAUCUCACUUUAAUAUUCUUACAGAUAUUGGAAAUAAUGCAGAAUAAACUUGUACAUUUCUUAAAUGUUGAAUGUUGAAAAUAUAUUAAUUGAGCAUUUAUCAAAAAUGAAAAAAAAAUUGGGGUAGAGUGAUAGAUUGUUUUCUCACUUGAGACUUUCAAAACAAACAUAAAAUUAUAUGUGAAUUAUGAUCUUAUUGAUAAUAUAAUUCC